AUGCUUUGCAGCUACAUCGGAUACUAGAUACAGUCAUAUUUAUAUCUAGGCACGCAUCAGACUUAAAACACUAGGUAUAUAAGGUAUGAUAUCCCUUAUCGCUCGAACUGCGACAAACACACAGAUUCUAUAAAAGGCGAUGCGUACAGCGAUGUGGACUCAUAGUAAUCUGAUUUUGCGAGUUAAGGAUAGCUGGCGAUAUAUAUAUAUAUAUAUCCCAUAGCGUACACGGUGAACAUUCGGUGGUACGCUGCAGCCUCACGAAAUUAUCGUUGAAAUUGCAUGUGAUAUUGUAAUAACACAUCAUAAACCGUACCGAAAGACAUGCGCGUCACUGGCCGGCACCUGACUGUCGCAUCGUCGUGGCUGAUAAUACUGUUCGUAAAAGAGACUUUAGGGCAUGGUAUGCUUGUUGAUCCUGUGAAUAGGAGUAGCAUGUGGCGACAGGGAUACUCGACUCCGAUAAACUACAAUGACAACGAAAAUUUUUGCGGAGGAUACGCCAAACAAUGGAACGAAAACAGCGGUCAAUGCGGGGUAUGCGGAGAUGAUUACGCAUUGAAGCAGCCACGACCGAACGAAAAUACAGGGACUUAUGGGAAUGGAAUUAUUGUUGCCACCUACGAGCAGGGAUCGCGGGUGAACUUGACCGUGAUGAUAACUGCAAAUCACAGAGGGUAUUUCAAUUUCAAUAUUUGCCCACUCGAGGAUGGUCCUGAGGUAAUUGAGACGGAAGAUUGUUUCGGAAUGUAUCCUCUAAUUUUGGAUGAGGGUUCUUACGACUACACCCUCGCCGACACGGCUACCGGCAGUUAUACGGCAACGGUCCAGUUACCAGACUCAUUAGUUUGCGAACACUGCGUGCUAAGAUGGCACUGGAGGACGGGCAACAACUGGGGAUUAUGCUCUACGGACGACGGAUUCGGGCAGACCGGAACUCUAGGUUGCGGACCCCAGGAGACCUUCAGAACGUGUUCCGACAUAUCUAUCCUAUAACACGUAUCUUUACGUCUUUCAUCCUAGUACAUACUUGUAUACACGAACAUUAUACACCGAUUUCUAUAUACCUACUAUAUACUGUGAAAAUAAGAGACAGGUAAGAGUUCACCUUGCACAUCGAUUAUCGCAAGUCAUCCCUAUUCGGUGAGCACAAAAAUGUAUAAUUAGAAAUGUUGCUCGCUGGUAGGCGAUCUUGGUUUUAUGGUUUCCAGAAAUC